UCGGGUUUCAACAACUAUUCCCUCCUUCGCGCGCGGUUGCAGGACGAUGCGGUGAUUGGUCUCUGACUGGUCAGGGGUUACUUGUUUCGGUUCCUUUUGGAUCUCCCAAAUCAGUCCCUCGUUUUUUCCUCUCUCGCCUCCUGCAGUUAAACUACAUUUCCGAUCUCCGCAGAACCCGCUCCGCAGCUUGACAGUAACGGCAAUCAUUCGAUUCGACAUUGCUCCCGGCACAGCUCGGUGGGAUGCAGUCAUGGAGUCGCAGAGGCAACUAUUGCCUCUUCUGCACCUUCCAGUCGGUGUCACGUCCCGUCAGGACAUUUGUGACAUCUCCGGUGCUGCAGAGAUCCGUAAGGCCUUCCAAGAAACAGCGCCAUCUACAAAGCCUGGAAAAGAAAAAUGAGGGAGCUACGUCUUCCAAGAGAUCUGCUCCCCCAUCCUUCGCUUCGAAACGGAACACCCGACAAACGCUUGCAGCAAAAGAUUUCGCGGGCGUUGUAACACACGCUUUGAGCAUAUACCGGCAGAAUCUUACAGAUAAAGAUGACCCAGCUUUGGCUAAUUGGGCCCGGUUUGAACGAACCAUGCUGAACGCAUGUAAACUAGACGAGCGAAAAAGCGUUGGUCCAUUACGCCACAUCAAGGAUGCGCUGCAUAGAUCUUACCUCCAAAAUGGUGUUCGGGGUUUAAUCAACGAGCUGGAGUUUCACAUGUACGCAGAGGAUGUCACGUCGAGAUACUCAGCUCCCAAUCUCGAAGCACAGAAGAAGGUGGCGGAUUUGCGACGCCCGGCCGAGUGGUAUCCGCAAGCGCGCGCUUUGCAACGAACGAUUCAUCUGCACGUGGGACCAACGAAUUCGGGAAAGACGUAUCACGCGCUGAAGCGUUUGGAAGCAUCCAAGCGCGGCUUUUACGCUGGCCCCUUGCGGUUGCUCGCUCAGGAGGUUUUCCAUCGCUUCCAAGCGAAUGGAACCUCCUGCAGUCUCAUCACUGGUGAUGAUGUCAAGAUUCCGGAAGAUGGAAAGCCCUCCAGAAUUGUCAGCAACACCGUUGAGAUGGUCAGCUUGGGAGAUCAAUAUGAGGUCGGUGUUGUUGACGAGAUCCAAAUGAUCGCAGACCCUCACCGUGGGUGGGCUUGGACUCGUGCCGUGCUCGGUGCGCGUGCCACAGAACUGCAUCUCUGCGGUGAAGUCAGAGCUGUGCCUUUGAUCAAAGAAUUGGCUGCCUUGACUGGCGACAAGCUCGAGAUCCAUCGGUAUGAGCGACUGAACCCGCUAAAGGUUCAGAACCGCAGUCUCAAAGGUGACCUGAAGAAUCUCCAAAAGGGAGAUUGCUUGGUUUCAUUCUCUCGUGUCGGUAUCCAUGCAUUGAAAGCAGACAUCGAAAAGAAUACUGGAAAGCGGGCAGCCAUCGUCUAUGGAAGUCUGCCGGCUGAGAUUCGGACCCAGCAAGCCAGUCUGUUCAACGACCCCGACAAUGACUACGACUUUCUCGUUGCUAGUGACGCCAUCGGUAUGGGUCUGAACUUGAGCUGCAAGCGCAUCAUUUUCGAAACGUUGAUCAAACGGGUUCCUGGAGGUCUCCAGAGACUUAGCGUGCCUGAAAUCAAGCAGAUCGGUGGACGCGCUGGACGGUAUCGGUCCGCCGCGCAACAGCAGCAGGAUAGCGGCUCCGAGGAAGACACCAACGUCGGCUAUGUGACUUCCUUGGAAGAUAUUGAUUUACCUUAUAUUCGCGAGGCAAUGGAUAGCGAACCCCCACCGCUCGUGUCGGCCGGUAUCCUUCCUCCCGACUCAGUCUACCAGAAAGUUGCGGCGUACUUCCCGAGCAAUGUUCCGCUAGAAUACUUGAUCAAACGCUUGAUGGUGGUCUCCCAGGUCCACCCGCUGUUUUUCCUGUGUGACCCUCGCAACCAGCUGGAGAACGCCGAGGUCAUUGAUACUGUCGAUGGAUUGCGGACGGCAGACCAGCUUACAUUCAUGGCCUCACCUAUGCACACCAGGCUCAUCGCCGGCCGCGAUGCUGCCAUCGCUUUUAUCAAAUGCGUCGCAGAGCAUUCCGAUGGUCGUCUGCUAGACAUCCAGGCGCUCAACCUUGAGAUCUUGGAAGAGCCGGUGUCCGGUAACAAGGAGUACCUUAACGAGCUGGAGACCUUGCACAAAUCGGUUAUCUUGUAUCUGUGGCUCAGUUACCGGUGUGGCGGAGUUUUCACGGAUAGAACGUUGGCAUCCCAUGUCAAGCAGCUGGUGGAGGAGAGGAUGGUCAGAGCGUUGACUGAAUUCUCGGCCAACAAAAAGCUCAGAAAGGAUGCCUCUCUCCGUCGACAAAUCGCGCUGCAGAAGCAGAUUCAGGAGCAGAAACGGCUGCUCGCCGAUGCAGAUGUUGACUCAUACGGUACCGAAGAUGAGACUGCCGCUGUUGAUCUGUCUGCUGACGAAGAGCAGAUGGAAGAGCAGCUACAAGAGCAGUCUGAAGAAUCUGGAGAAGCUCCCCAGGCGCGUGCCGCAUAGAUACCAUAUACACAUGUAAUAUAGUUUGAUUUGUUGAGAUGAUCAUGUACAUAGCUCAAACUCAACUCCAGAAGACGCCACGACGUCCUAUCCAC